GUCCCAAAAUAUAUGGGCAAGAAAUCUUUCUUCCUCUCGAGGGUCUUGGUGAGAACGCAGAAACUGAAGGCGGCACCAAAAGAUUAGAGAGAUAAAAUACCAAGAUACUCGAUAGCACUCUAAGAUUUAUUUUCCAAGGUGAAGAUAGCCUAGAUAAUAAGGUUUCAUUGGUAAGUGGUUGGAGGUGAGCAAGUAUUACAGAAGCAAAAAGGAGACUAUAAGAAUAUAGUGAAGAUAACCUGGAUGAGAAAGAAACCUAUAAUCUUCAUCAAAGAGGAAACCUAAAGACAAAGGUCAGGGGCAACCUCCCUGGCCAUCAAGAAUACAAAACCUUCAAGUUAAGAUGAUUGGUACCCUUAACCCGCAAAUAAAAAUCACUGGAGUUGAAAGCGAAUAUCAACCAACGAAUCCCGCUAACCCUGAACAUACAAGAGCAGGCCUAGGCCUACAUUCAAGGGGAGGUAAGGCAUCAGAAUUCGAUUCUAUGUUCCACAAAUUCGGAGGACAAAACCGCUUCUCCUACCGCAUCCCUGACAACCUCAGAACGGAGGGGCUCUUCGAUAGUGUAAGCGAGAUCAAAGACCAGUAUCGAAGUGUCAAAGCGGAGAGGCCGGUCAUCCACAGGCAACGGACUAACCUGAAGCCGGAGGACGGGAAGUUCGGGUGGCCCUCUGAGUUCAGGGAUCAGUACCGGGAGUUCCAGGCACAGCGUCCCAUAGUUAAAAAGAUGAGCGAAACUCUGCGCCCCGAAGGGAAGUUUGGAGAGACUUCUGAAAUCCAUGAUAAGUAUCGGCAGUUUGAGACCCAAAGAAAUAUUGCGCCCAAACAGGGAGCCACCUUAAGACCAGAAGGUAUGUUUGGGGAAACUUCAGAAAUCCAUGACAAGUAUAAACCUGUAGAGCCACAACGAAACAUUGCAAAGAGACAUUUAUCCAAUCUUAAACCAGAAGGCCAGUUUGGAGAGACUUCCGAACUCCAUGAUAAAUUCAAGCCUCUUGAUUCACACCGUAAUAUUGCAAAGAAACAUUCUGCAAACCUAAAACCAGAGGGUCAGUUUGGUGAAACCUCUGAACUGCACGAUAAAUAUAAACACUUGGAGCCACAGCGGAACAUAGCAAAGAGGCAUUCAGCAAACUUAAAACCUGAAGGCCAAUUCGGUGAGACUUCAGAGGUCCAUGCGAAGUACAGGGAAGUUCAACCUGUGCGGAACAUUGCAAAAAGACACCAAGCAAAUCUGAAGCCGGAGGGCCACUUUGGUGAAACUUCUGAGUUGCAUGACAAGUAUAAGGAAGUGGAACGGCAGCGAAAUAUUGCCAAAAGACAUUCUGCAAAUCUGAAGCCAGAAGGUAGGUUUGGCGAAACUUCAGAACUGCACGACAAAUACAGAGAAUUUCAGCCACAAAGGAACAUCGCUAAGAAGCAUUCGGCAAACUUGAAACCAGAGGGCCACUUUGGCGAAACAUCUGAACUGCAUGACAAGUAUAAGGAAGUUGAACCACAACGUAACAUAGCAAAAAGGCAUUCUUCUAACCUUAAGCCAGAGGGUCACUUUGGCGAGACUUCAGAACUCCAUGACAAAUAUAAGGAGCUCGAACCGCAGAGAAACAUUGCAAAGAGACACUCUGCCAAUCUUAAACCAGAGGGCCAUUUUGGCGAAACAUCUGAACUGCAUGACAAGUAUAGGGAAGUGGAACCUCAGAGAAAUAUUGCAAAGAGGCAUUCUGCAAACCUUAAACCAGAAGGUCAGUUUGGCGAAACCUCAGAAUUACAUGAUAGCUACAGAGAACUUGAACCUCAGAGAAACAUCGCCAAGAAGCAUUCGGCAAACUUGAAGCCAGAGGGACACUUUGGCGAAACAUCCGAACUGCAUGACAAGUAUAAGGAAGUCGAACCGCAGCGUAAUAUUGCGAAAAGACACUCUGCAAAUCUUAAACCAGAGGGCCAUUUUGGUGAGACUUCAGAGCUCCAUGACAAGUAUAAGGAGCUCGAACCACAGAGAAAUAUUGCAAAGAGACAUUCUGCAAAUCUCAAACCAGAGGGUCACUUUGGCGAAACUUCAGAAUUACAAGACAGCUACAGAGAAUUUGAGCCCCAGAGAAACAUUGCAAAGAAGCAUUCAGCAAACCUGAGACCAGAGGGUCACUUUGGAGAAACCUCUGAAUUGCAUGACAAAUACAAGGAACUGGAACCACAGAGGAAUAUUGCAAAGAAACAUUCUGCAAAUCUUAAACCAGAGGGCCAUUUUGGUGAGACUUCAGAGCUGCACGAUAAGUAUAAAGAGCUUGAACCACAGAGAAAUAUUGCGAAAAGACAUUCUGCAAAUCUCAAACCAGAGGGUCAUUUUGGCGAAACUUCAGAACUACAGGAUAGUUACAGAGAAUUUGAGCCUCAGAGAAACAUUGCAAAGAAGCACACGGCAAACCUGAGACCAGAGGGCCACUUUGGAGAGACCUCUGAAUUGCAUGACAAAUACAAGGAACUGGAACCACAGAGGAAUAUUGCGAAAAGGCAUUCUGCAAAUCUCAAACCAGAAGGCGAAUUCGGCGAGACUUCAGAAUUACACGAUAGUUACAGAGAAGUUGAGCCUCAAAGAAACAUUGCAAAAAGACACUCUGCCAAUCUUAAACCAGAGGGCCAAUUUGGCGAAACAUCUGAACUGCAUGACAAGUAUAGGGAAGUGGAACCUCAGAGAAAUAUUGCCAAAAGGCAUUCUGCUAACCUGAAACCAGAGGGUCACUUUGGUGAGACUUCAGAACUACAUGACAAGUUUAAAGAGCUUGAACCACAACGGAAUAUUGCAAAAAGGCAUUCUGCAAACCUUAGACCAGAGGGCCAGUUUGGCGAAACCUCAGAAUUACAUGAUAGCUACAGAGAACUUGAACCCCAGAGAAAUAUCGCUAAGAAACAUUCCGCAAACUUGAAGCCAGAAGGCCACUUUGGCGAAAUAUCUGAACUGCACGAUAAGUAUAAGGAAGUUGAACCACAGCGUAAUAUUGCAAAAAGGCAUUCGGCCAAUCUCAAACCUGAGGGCCACUUUGGGGAAACUUCCGAGCUACAUGACAAGUAUAAGGAAGUGGAACCACAAAGAAAUAUUGCCAAGAGACAUUCUGCUAACCUGAAACCAGAAGGCCAGUUUGGUGAAACCUCUGAACUUCAUGACAAAUAUAGACCUUUGGAGAGCCAAAGAAACAUUGCCAAGAAGCAUUCAGCAAACCUCAGACCAGAGGGGCAUUUUGGGGAAAAUUCGGAAAUUCAUGAUAAGUACAAACCACUGGAUUCGCAGAGGAACAUUGCAAAGAGGCAUUCGGCAAACUUAAAACCAGAAGGGCACUUCGGUGAGAUUUCAGAACUGCAUGAUAAAUAUAAGGAAUUUGAAAGACAGAGGAAUAUUGCCAAAAGACAUUCGGCAAACCUCAAACCAGAAGGGCGUUUUGGCGAGACAUCAGAGCUUCAUGACAAGUACAGGGAAGUUGAAAGACAAAGGAAUAUUGCAAAGAAACACUCGGCAAACUUGAAACCUGAAGGUCACUUUGGUGAGACGUCAGAGCUACACGACAAAUAUAGGGAAGUGGAACCUCAAAGAAAUAUCGCCAAGAGACAUUCAUCCAACUUAAAGCCGGAAGGACAGUUUGGCGAAACCUCAGAACUUCACGAUAAAUACAAACCUUUAGACUCCCAAAGGAACAUAGCGAAGAAACACUCGGCUAACCUCAGACCCGAAGGCCAGUUUGGAGGCAUUUCCGAACUCCAUGACAAGUACAUCCCACUGGAAACUCAACGGAGCAUAGCCAAGCGCCACAGUUCCGAACUAAAACCCGAGGGGAAAUUUGGAGAAACAUCGGAGAUCCACGAUAAGUACAAACAACUCGAAACACAGAGGAACAUCGCCAAACGCCACGAUGCAUCCUUGAAACCUGAAGGAGAAUUUGGAGAAGUUUCAGAAGUCCAUGACAAAUAUAAGACUUUCCAGGCAACCCGGCCUAUCGUGGAGAAGAGAAACACUGACAAUAUUUGGCAAGAAGCUCCAAAGGUGGCUAUCAAGGGUAACACCGAAACACUGUCGAAGUACAAUGAGUUCCCUGAUCCGUCUCUGCUGGACCUGAGAAUACCACCAAAGUAUAACAGCAAUAUAAAACCUGUAACGGUUGCCUAGUGUUUGUCAGACAACCAUUUUUGGUAGUAGGAACGCUAUUCUUUACAGUUCAUCUAAUCAUAAGUGCACCGCUUAUGGUUAUAGUAAUUUCUGAUGGAUAGAAAUGCCUUAUUAUGUGGAUCUAGUUCUUAGGUACAAUAUAUUGUUUUUCCUGAUAUUAGAUUAUUCUAUCAUAUAUAACAUGACUACAGAUGCAUUGCAUGAAAUCAUAUUAUAUAAUGCACACACAUACACACACGCUAUAUGCCUUACGUACAAAAGAAAGCUCCUUGCAACAUUAUCUGAGGACAACGUUUGUACAGGAGGCUAAAGUUCAGUGAUAUACAUUCACAACCACAAGCUUUCCACACAUAGUAAGAAGGCAACGUAGGCUCAGUCAUCUAGGCGCUGGAAGUCUAGUUCACCUGAAGCCGGAAUCACCAAUGUCAAGUCUUCAGUCAUCUCAUUUAU